AUGGACAGCAAAGUCGUGACGAAUGCUUUUUGCGUGUUCUUUCUUGAGAUUAUAACCCUAACCAUCACGUCAGCGGCAAUUCCGGCCUACGUUAAUGAUGUGUCUCACGUAGAAACUGAGCAAGUGCCACAGCUUAGGUGGCAUUUUAUGGACAGUUUGAACUUCCAAAAUCACAACCUAAACUCUAAUGCUAGGGUAAAAAGGGCUCCGAUCGAGGUGCCCAGGUCUGUAAAAACAAAACUCAUCGAUGAACAAGACUGCACAGAAGAUAUCCGACGUUUGUGUGGUAUAAUGGAUAAGAACAACGAUGAUUUGUUUGUACUAGAAUGUGUUCAGACAUGGAAAGCAAAUGAAGUAGCUAGCAUCAAAGAAGAAUGCCAACACACUAUUUGGAAACACAUAGUCAGUCUGACAGAGGACCACAAUGUUAAGGCAUUGACAAGUAAAGUCUGUAAUAAAGAAUUGGAUUACUUUGAUUGUCAGAUAACAUCAACGGGUGGGACAUACUUGGCUUGUAUAAUUGAGAAGCAAGAACAGAUUAAGAACCCGAAAUGUUUGGAGUACAUCCAGCGUCUAGAGUGGGUAGCUUUUAGUGAUUACAAGAUUAUUACUCACUCUGAUUCAUCUUGUCAGAAUGAUAUAGAGAAAUUCAAGUGUGGAAGGAUACAGCCUUACAAGGAUAUGUCUCAGGGGCAAACACUGGCCUGCCUACAGCGUGACAUAGACAAACUUGAACCGAAAUGUAAGAAGCAGGUUCUCCACGUAUCAGAGUUCCAGGCCGACAAUAUAAAAAAUGAUCGACAAUUAUACAUGGCUUGUACCCAAGAUCACAUUAAGUUCUGCCCUGAGAUUAGACCUGGCAGUGGACAAGUUUACAAAUGUCUUAUACAACACAAAACUGAUAGAUCGAUGAGCCAACAGUGCCAGGAUCAAUUGACUAGACAUGAAAAGUUAAUGGCAUUUGACUACAGAGUGAGUAAAGGACUAGUCAGGGCUUGCAAAGAAGAUAUCAAGACUUAUCACUGUCGGAGAUCGGUCUCAGAUGACAAAGAUAUCAGACUGGCUCAAAUACUACUGUGUCUGGAAUCGGUUGUUAAGAACAUGAGCAAAAUAGCACCAGAUUGUCAAGCGGAGAUGUUUGAUCACAGAAAAAUUUUGAUGGAGGAUUAUAAGCUGUCUCCAGAGAUCGUUAAGGAUUGCGGUAACAACAUUUUAACCUUUUGCAACGGACUUGAAGUUGGUGGAAAAACUAUACACUGCCUGAUGGAACACACAAGGCCUAGGAAGAAGAAGUCUCGGGUUGCACCUGAGUGCCAGAGAGCUCUGGAAGGGCUUAUGAAACAGACUGAUGUUGGUGAAGAUUGGCGUCUUGAUCCAGUAUUACACGACGCUUGUCAGCCGGUUGUGGAUUCGGCGUGCAGAGAUGUGCGUGCAGGUGAUGCCCGCGUAAUAUCAUGUUUAAUGGAAAAACUAGGAACUGACAGAAUGACCGAAGCAUGUGAAACAGCAUUGGUACAAAUACAAUAUUUUGUAGCGAGAGAUUUCAAGCUGGAUCCUCAGCUAUAUAGAGCUUGCAGAGCAGAUGCCAUCCACUUUUGUCAUGCCAAAAAGGUUUGGGCUCCUGAUGGAAGCCAAAUGGACCCUGAAAGAGGUCCAUUGGUAUUGCCCUGCUUAUACAGAUACGCAUAUCAUCCACAAGCUAAUAUGACUUUAAAGCCAGUCUGCUUGGAGGAAAUAAGGAGAGUAAUGAGACAGCGUGCUGUGAAUGUAGAUUUACAGCCUGAAAUAGAAGAAGCUUGUCUCAAUGAUCUAGCAUUAUACUGUUUUGACAAAAUUGCGAAAGGAGAGGAAAUUUUAUGCCUUCAAGACAAAUUAGAGAGGCUAGAACCUAAGUGCAAGUGGGCCGUAGGGAAUUUGACGGAGGAACAAGCAGAGCAUGUGGAACUUAACCCCAUCAUUUCAUCGGCAUGCGAACAUGUUAUGGAAAAACACUGCGAGGCAGAACUAAAGUCUGGAAAAGAUGAGGGUGAUUUAAUGGAGUGUCUGAUCGAGCAUAAAAAUGACCCAGACAUCCGUAGAGAUUACAAAUGUCGAGCAGCAGUAGAGCACUUCCAGUUGAUAUCUUUGAAAAGUUAUCAUUUCACUUACAAGUUUAAAGAAGCUUGCAGGCCUCAUGUUGUCCGAUGGUGUGCAAAAUCUAAAACUAAAGCCGAAGUUAUUCAGUGCUUGAGCGACACAGUACAAAAUGAUAUAAUAAAAGACAAAUCCCAUCGAAUUCCCAAAGAAUGUAGGCAGCAGCUCAGGGCUCAGCUGUAUCAACAGAGAGAGAACAUACAUUUUGACCCCGUUUUACAGACAGCUUGCGCCACAGAUAUUGAAAAACUAUGCUUUGACAUCGAAGCUGGAAAUUCUCAGAUUCUAGAGUGUCUGGCGUCAAAAAAGAAAUUGUUAUCUGAAGAUUGCCACAAAAAAUUAUUCAAUGUUCGAAAACAAGAACUCCAAGACAGUUCUAGCGAUUUUAUGCUUUUAAAUAAGUGCCAUACUAUGGUCCGGCAAUUCUGCCAUGAACUGGAUCAGUCCCAGGCGUUAGAUUGUUUGAAAAGAUAUAAAGACGAACCAACGUUUGAUGAAAAAUGUAAGAACGUAGUCAUAAAGAGAAUGAUCGAACAGAACACAGACUACAGGUUUAAUCCAGCCCUACAAUCUGCCUGUGCUUCGGAUAUAGAUACCCAUUGCAAAUAUAUUUUGAACAACGAACCGAGGGAUACAGAGCUUCAAGGAAAAGUCAUAAAAUGUUUGAAAAUUAAAUUCCGUGAAGCAAAACUCACGACCAAAUGCGAACAACAAAUGGCAAAUAUAUUGAGAGAGGCUGCGCUCAACUAUCAUUUAAAUCCACUUUUAGCAACAAUGUGUGCUCAAGAGAUUGAAAAAAUUUGUGGAGAAGAUGAAAAUACCCCUGGCUAUGUCGAGGAAUGUUUGAAAACUCAAUUCAACAGUGGAGAUGUUCGCAUGCGUGAGGAAUGCCGCAUAGAAGUUGCGUAUCUCAUUGAGCAGGCAAAGGCUGAUAUAAAUGUAGAUCCGCUUUUGCAGAAAGCAUGUGCCGUUGAUGUCAGCAAAUAUUGCAGCGAUGUACCUCAAGGAGCUGGAAGACAUAUAAUGUGCCUCCAGAAUAUUAUGGAGGGUCACACCAAGGCCUUGCAACCAGACUGUUACAAGAUGCUCUCUACAAGGAUAGAAAUGUUCAGAAACGCAGCAGAGUUAAUAGCGCCAAAUAGCAUCGGAGAGCUCUACUCAACGGUGAACAGGUCUCCCGCACGAAGAUAUUUUAUGGUGGUUGCAUUUUCGCUCAUCGGAGUUGUAUUCAUCAUAGGGCUAUUCUGUGGCAAGGUCGCAAGAAGAACGUUGAUGAUGAAGAACAAGUAAUUUUCCCAGAGAAACCCAUUUACCACGUAGCCGUAAGGAUCUAGUAAGUACGAGGAAUAUUAUAUCCAUGUUUCCUUUCCAACGUUCCAAAAAAAAAAAGUGAUGAUUAAAAUUCAAUAGUGGGAUUUAUAGACUCUGUGCUAAUGAAAUUAGCUCGAAGAAGAUAUUCUAUCAAUUGAUGAACGUAAGUUUAAAAUUUUUAUAGAAAAUAUCCAGCAUUUACUCUCUAAGAUUGGUGGUACCAGUAUUAGUUCAAAACGUCACGAUAGUUACAUAUAAAAAGAGAAAAUUAUUCUUCGCAAAAUAACUGUCUUUUAUAUAACCCUAAGCAUCAUAUAGAAUCUACAUUUAAUGUUUCCAGGAUAUUUAACUGAGAAAUAUUAUUCGAAUAUUAUUUUAUUAAGACAAUACUAUAAUUUACCAUACUUGUUUAUAUGAUGAAAGUAAAUUUCCUCCGCCAAAGUUAAAUGAGGAUUUAAAAAAAGUAUCACGCAGAAUUUUUCAAACAAUCCCCACUGGUCAGCAAACUAUUGUGGGUGGUAAUGUAAUUUAUGUUAUAUAGGUAUAGGUAAUAAUAUAUUGUAUAAAUUUCUACUAUAAUUAUUAACAAAUAAUAAAUAAUUUGCUGAAA